AUGGCAAGGGCAAUUUCCAACCGCGAGUCCGAUGAGCUGAUGAAGAAGACCAAGGCCGAUGCGCUCAAAAAGUGUGGCGACGUCGUAAAAGCCUUUGCCGACUGCUCUUCGGGCCGCACCGUCUCGGUCGCGUGGGCAUGUAGGGGCGAGCACAAGGCGUUGCAAGACUGCCUGAAGCAGUACACGUCGCCCGAGGCAUUUGAGAAGGUCAAGGCGGAUUACCUCGCCAGCAACCGGUCCUAG